GGCGGGGCUGCGAGGCGGGGCUGCGAGACCCGGCUCCUCUCCUCUCUCCCGGGUCCCCAGCGGCCCCGGCAGGUGCAGGGAGGGGCGGGUGGCUCAGGGUUGCGCGCUUUCGCUUUGCAAUCGUUGCCUAGCCGCUUUCUAGUCUGACUAGGGGGGAGACUGAGGCCCAGGGGCCGGAGGCGUUGUGAUCUGCAGGGCCAGCUACCGGCCCCCGGCCAACUGCAGCCUCCCUGCGGCGCGAGGUCGCAGGAGGAGGAGCUCCGCACGUGGAGGAGGAGCCAGAGCUGCCCUGGCGGCGAGGACUCCAGCCUCUCAAUAAGAGGCCGAGCAGACAGGAGGAGCCCUGUCAGCCGGGCUGCUCAGAAGCUCGGAGAGCGACCUCAUGGAAGAGAAGCAGAUUCUGUGCGUGGGGCUGGUGGUGCUGGACGUCAUCAGUGUGGUGGACAAGUACCCGGAGGAGGACACGGACCGCAGGUGCCUGUCCCAGAGAUGGCAGCGUGGAGGCAACGCAUCCAACUCCUGCACCGUCCUUUCCCUGCUCGGAGCCCCCUGUGCCUUCAUGGGCUCCCUGGCGCCUGGCCAUGUUGCCGAUUUUGUCCUGGACGACCUCCGCCGCUAUUCCGUGGACCUACGCUAUGCGGUCUUUCAGACCACCGGCUCCAUCCCCACCUCUGCGGUCAUCAUCAGCGAGGCCACUGGUAGCCGUACCAUCCUCCACGCCUACAGCUUCCUGGUGGCUGACUUCAGGCGGCGGGGCGUGGACGUGUCUCAGGUGUCCUGGCAGAGCAGAGGGGACACCCCUUGCUCCUGCUGCAUCGUCAACAUCUCCAAUGGCUCCCGUACCAUUGUGCUCUACGACACGAACCUACCAGAUGUGUCUGCUGAGGACUUUGAGAAGGUUGAUCUCACACGGUUCAAGUGGAUCCACAUUGAGGGCCGGAAUGCCUCAGAGCAGGUGAAGAUGCUGCAGCGUAUAGAACAGCACAAUGCCAAGCUGCCUCCAGAACAGCAGAUCCGGGUGUCUGUGGAGAUAGAGAAGCCCCGGGAGGAGCUGUUCCAGCUGUUUGGCUACGGAGAGGUGGUAUUUGUCAGCAAAGACUUGGCCAGGCACUUGGGCUUCCAGUCAGCGGCGGAAGCCCUGCGGGGCUUGUAUGGUCGUGUGAGGAAGGGGGCUACGCUCAUCUGUGCCUGGGCUGAGGAGGGUGCCGACGCGCUGGGCCCUGAUGGCCACCUGCUGCACUCAGAUGCCUUCUCACCGCCCCGGGUGGUAGACACUCUGGGCGCUGGAGACACCUUCAAUGCCUCUGUCAUCUUCAGCCUCUCCCGGGGGAACAGCAUGCAGGAGGCACUGAGGUUUGGCUGCCAGGUGGCUGGCAAGAAGUGUGGCUUGCAGGGGUUUGAUGGCAUCGUGUGAGAGCCGUUUGACGGGAGGCAUCACGCUCACCAUUCCUGCUGGAGGCUGGCAUCACAGGCCGCUGCUGCUGUACCCUUCCAUCCAGGCUGGCAUCCAGGCUGCCCUGCUCCCUGGGCAGAUGCGGGCUACAGGAAGGCCUUGCAAGUGUCCUGUGUCCUUUAUCUGUACCCUCACUGCCAUGUCUGCAGAGCCUCAGCAAAUAAAUCUCCUUCCCCUGAA